UUCACUCUAUGGGAAUACAUCAAUUUAGGGCCACUUUGCACCAAAAUCUGUAUAUUCUUACUCUAUUCCCAUGACUUCCUGAAGUACUCAAAACACUCAAUUAGUUCACCAGCCCAAUCAGCAGGAGUGUAUUAGCUUUAGACUGUUUGCCGUUCAAACAGUUUACCCAACUACUUGAUUUGUCCUGUUUGAUGUGCGCUGUGUUUAUUUCAGAGGCGGCGGCCGGCCUCUCUAAUCCUCUCACCGUCUUUUCUCAUGUAAACCUGUUCUUCCCGAGCAGAGCAGCAGCUGCAGCUGAGCAUCUGGUCUGGUCUUGGGAGGGCAGCGGGUCUUCAAGCCGUUGAAAGGUGUGCCAUUAACACAGCGACGACGACGACGCAGCAGCAGCAGCAGCAUCGUCUUACAGUCUGGAACUGGUCUCCUUUGAACUGGAGCAGUUGAAGAGACACGCACUCGGAGCCCUGAUGGGAAUGUUACACCGGUGAUGACUUUGUGAGGGAUGAUGGGAUGAAAAACAGUUCACGGAUGGAUUGGUACGCGCCGCCUCGCCCUUACACACACACACACACACACACACACACACACACCUUUGGCUGUGAUGCCGAGGAUCCCCUGCCCCCUCCCCUGGAGAUCAGAGGGAAGUCUGUUAAUAGGCUGCUAUCGGUGCGUCAUGGCCACAAGGAGAGCGCGCACCUCUUCUCUCCGAUCAGUCCUCCUCCUCCUCCUCCUCCUCCUCCACAUGGCCGGGGUUUCAUCUCGCAGCCUGCUGCCUCCUCGAACCGCAGACACAACAUGAUGCCAUGUGUUGGUAUGGAGGCUGUUGACGUUGCGCAAGUUUUUUAGUUAGAAUAUUUUGUGCGUGUACGUGUGUUCAACUUCAUUUGCAGCCUCAGCAACAACAGCAGGAGGAAGAAUCAUUUGGUAAGUUUGUUUGUAUUCCUUUUUAAAAAAAAUAAAUGUAUAUUGGAUGCUUUAAUUUGACUAGGGAAGUUUUGAUUAACACUUCUUCUUUCCGAUUUUUUUUUUAUCAAAGUUGUUUUCAAAUCAAAACAUUAUUGGCCCUAAAUUUGAUUAUGGAGUUAUUUUUUCCUUUCUUUUAUUUGUGCAGAUCUAUUUGUGUGUCUCGAUCGCGUCGUUUCGAUCUCGUCUGCUCGUUGUCAUUUCUCCCACUGCGACUGUCUGGUCCACGAAACAUCACAGGUUUCGUCAAACGGAAAAAUAAUUGGCCAUUUCCCCCCUUUUCGCGUCGGGCAUCCCGUCGGGACUCGGGGCCGCAUCAGAUGUGAAUGAACGCAAAAUUCAUUAACUCUGAAUAAUAAUGCAGGAUUAACAGCACUACUGGGGAUGUAAUCAGGCCUAUGCGUUAGUUCACGUGCGUUUAAAAAAAAAUAGAUAAAAAGAUGUAAAUAGGAAAAAAAUUGCACAAUUGACUAUAGCUUUUGCUUUAACCGACGAAAUAACCCAUUAUAUAUAAAAUAUCCCACACAUUUCAAGAAUCGGAGAUGAGCUCGAGUUUUGGGUUUUACGCAGCAAAAUUGAAGCGAAAAAUGUUUGUUUUACUGCAAGUUUGACUCAUUAGGAACUUGUCAUGCAGUUGCAUGCAGCUACAAAUUCCGCAUGGUUAUGUUUGAACUCUUGGCCAGCAUCACGUUGGCCUCUCCUGGCAAUUUUUUUUAAAUCUAAAAAGGGCAAGACGUAUGAAAAAUAGAUGAAGAGAAUAAGAAGGAAAAAAAGAAAGGGAGAAGAUGACUUAUUUUCAGUUACAUUAAAGCCACUGGUUAUAGAAUAAAACAAAUAAGACUAAAAUUCAACAUUUCAAGUUUGGUGUGAGACACUUCACAGCCCACAAACAUUUCCGGCCUCGAUGUGACGGUCUCUUCCAACUAUAACCUGGAGUGUUUACGCGUGACCGGGUUGGCACCUCAUCGGACCCUCCGGGUGUCCGUCACAGUAGCCCAUGAUGACUCUGCGUGUGCAUCCUUGACCGCAGUCCUGAACCCCGAUGUGUAUCUGUCUCAGGGGUCCAGACGUGCGUGGCUGCAGGCCGAACAAACACCUGGAAUCACGUUAGAUCCAGUGACUCCUGAGGAGGGGGGGUGGGGGCGGGGGAGAAACCCCUGGAGCGGAUUGGUGCCAACUGGGAUCAACGACCUGUGAGCGGAGGAGGAGAGAAGCAGCCAUGCUCGGCGGUGGCGAGGGAGAGAGCAGCACCUUCUCCUCCCCGAAGGAAGCAGCGGAUGAGAGGCGCAAGUCUCCAGCCGCGGAUGUGGACGGUCCGGCGCGCAGCAGGUACCCGGAGCACGGGGCGGCUGCUGGGCGCUACUACGUCCCGCCGACGGCUUCCAAAGAAAGCCCGGAGACGGCCAACCCCUGCUCCUUUAUCCCCUACGCCCCCGGUGGCGCGGUGUAUAGCCCGCCGGGCGCAGGCAGGUACCCCUCGUCUCUCCACCUGGGCUCCGUGGGGUUCGCGCCCUCCGCGGCCGGCGGCCGCAGCCACUUCGGCUCGGCGUACCAGCUGGCGCAGAGCCCCGGCUGCAUCUACCCGCCGUACGGCGGCCCGGGCUCCGCUCUCGGCGGCAUGACGCUACCCGCCGCCGGCCCCGGGAUGAGGGCCCAGGUCUACCUGUGCAACCGGCCGCUGUGGCUCAAGUUCCACCGGCACCAGACGGAGAUGAUCAUCACCAAGCAGGGCAGACGGAUGUUCCCGUUCCUCAGCUUCAACAUGGCGGGUCUCAGCCUGACGGCGCACUACAACGUGUUCGUGGAGGUGGUGCUGGCCGAUCCCAACCACUGGAGGUUUCAGGGUGGCAAGUGGGUCACCUGCGGGAAGGCGGACAACAGCAGCCAGGGAAACAAAAUGUAUGUCCACCCAGAGUCUCCAAACACAGGGGCCCACUGGAUGAGACAAGAAAUCUCCUUCAGCAAACUGAAACUCACCAACAACAAAGGAACCAGUCACAAUACUUCACAGAUGAUUGUCAUGCAGUCUCUGCAUAAGUAUCAGCCCAGGCUGCACAUCGUGGAGGUGACGGAGGACGGGGUGGAGGACAUCAACAGUGACGUUAAAACGCAGAGCUUCACCUUCCCAGAGACGCAGUUCAUUGCCGUCACUGCUUAUCAGAAUACUGAUAUCACACAGCUGAAAAUUGAUCACAACCCCUUUGCCAAAGGAUUUAGAGACAAUUAUGAUUCGAUGUACACGGCUCCAGAGAAUGACCGCUUCACCCCAUCUCCAACCGACUCUCCACGUGCCCACCAGAUUGUCCCCGGUGCCCGCUACACCAUGCAGCCCCUCUUCCAGGACCAGUUUGUCAACAACCUUCCCCAGAAUCGCUUCUACAACAGUGAGAGAACAGUACCGCAGACCAACAGCCUCCUCUCACCUCACACUGAAGACGGCGCUUCGCAGAGGUGGUUCGUCACCUCCAUGCAGCAAGGAGGAAACGGCACUAGCACCAGCAACAAGCUCGAUCUGACACCUUAUGAGGGUGAAUACUCGAGUUCCCUGCUCCCUUACGGCAUCAAAUCCCUGUCCAUGCAAACGUCCCACGCUCUCAGCUACUACCCGGACUCUCCGUUCAACACCGUGUCUGCGGGGUGGGGGUCCAGAGCGGCGUACCAGAGAAAGGUCACGCCGAGCCUGCCUUGGUCUCCCAGACCCAGUCCCACCCCUGGUUUCCCAGAAGACUUAGACAAAGUUAAACCGCAGAUAGAGGAGGAGGUGAGUGACGGGGGCGGAGUCAUCUCCUCGUGGACAGACGCGCAGCCGUCAGCUCUUUCCCUUGACAAGGCUGAUUCUUAUUCCAUGGCCUGCAAACGAAGGCGCUUGUCUCUUAACGUUCCAAGCACAGAGGACUCACCUGCUGACAUUAAAUGUGAGGAUUUGGCCUCGGCUGCCUCCAACAGUAGCCCCUAUGGCAAGGAGCCCCCUUCAUCCAAAGCCAUGGCAGCUUACUAUUCCUUUUACACAAACCCUUGAAUGUUUGGUCUCUAAAAAGUAGGGCCUCAUGUUGUCAUUUUGGUUGUUCUUCAUCUGCCACCAUGAAUGGUAGAUUUUGUCCUUAUUUGGUGACACAGGAAGUAUUAAUUACUCAUUUAAGUGAUGACAUUAAAAAUCAUGAGACGUGAGUGGCACAAAAACCAUUGCUACCUUCAUAUGUGGGCUUAUUCUGUCUCUUAUUCUAUCUUUUUUCCUGGGCUCUAUAGUUUUUAUUUCACCACAUUUGUGUAAAUCUGUAUUUGCAAUUUUGAAGGUGCCAAAACAAUUGUUUAAGUGUUUUUUUAAAAUGUUUUUGUUGCAUACAUUACUGUAUUUGGCUUUACACUGAUAUUUUGUGUUUACAGAUUAUUUAUUAAAGGCCUGUUGAUAUGAAUUUUGUUCACUCUCAAAUGUGAGAAUACUAUGCUCUAUAUAUACUUUCAUUGCAAUGUUCAGAUAUUUGAUGAUAAAAGGCGUAUGUGCUCUCUGGCA